AUGUCUAAGGAAGAUACCACGGCGGUUGAACUCCUGACCAAGAUCGGAACCAUUGUACUAACCAUCGAAACCAAUCUGCACCAUAAUCGGCUCGACAGAAAAACCAUCCGCAGACUUCUGCGCGAGUACUCUGCUCGCGCGGAGUCGGAUGGGAGACUGAUGAAUGCUGCAAGGGAAGACCCUGACUGUGCCAACCGUGGGCUGUUUUUAGCAUACGCCCACAUGGAGCUGGUAACUUGGCUGGGAAAAAACAACUAUACCAUUCCGUCAUCGUCGAUACAAUGGUACAGCUGGAAGCAAUUUCUCUCAAAAUACCGCUUGCCGCCUUUCUGGUCCUCGUCGUACACGUCGGAUUUGCGAAGUCAGUUGGACAAUAUCGAGAGGACAGCCGCAUUGGUGUGUGCGGAUCUUCAAGCUCACAAUGUAAGCCUGAAGUUACUCGAUAACUUGUGGACCUCCUCUCAUUAUAGAGAAGAUUUCGAUCCCGGCCACCGCCAUUAG